AUGUCCCGCGCCGGGUCUGAGGUCAAGAUGGGAAGACCUUCGAUUAGACUCAUCUCGUCAUACAUAUUCGACUGGAUCGUUCUUAUCGUUGUUGCUGCAGUUGGUUAUGUCCUCGGUGUCAUCACGCCCAACAAGCGGCCCUUUUCUCUGGUGAAUCCAGACAUCUCUUUCCCUUUUACAGAACAUGAGACUGUCCCAGACUGGCUGCUCUUCGUCUUGAGCUGCGGUGUCCCUGCCGCCAUCAUCGUCAUUGUCUCCAUCAUCUUUGUACCUGGAGCAACAGUACCCAAGAACACCCCUGCUUCACUGAUAUGGAAACGCAAGCUAUGGGAGCUUCACACCGGUCUUCUGGGGCUCCUAAUGUCCGUUGCCUGUGGCUUCUUCUUCGUCAGCGGUAUCAAGAACAUGUGUGGCAAGCCUCGACCUGAUCUCCUCGCACGAUGCCUGCCAGACCUGGAGAACGCAUCCAAGUUCCUGAUUGGCGGUUUCCAAGGAGAGUCCAAGUUGGGCAACAGCAUUGGCCAACUCUAUUCGGCAGACAUCUGCCAGCAGACCGACAAGGCGAAGCUCAAUGACGGCUUCCGAAGCUAUCCCAGUGGCCACUCUGCCGCCUCUGCGGGUGGCCUCCUCUAUCUCUCACUCUUCCUUGCCAGUAAAUUUGCCGUAACCAUGCCAUUUGUGGCGACGGGCACCUCUUCAUCCAGCCACGACGUACAUGCUGCAUUCCCUUCUCGCCUGGGAUCCGCAGUCGAACAAUAUGACGACGAGGCAUCCGCUCCCAUGACGGGCAAAGGCGCCAACACAAGCAUCGCAUAUAACUCCAGCGUCCAGUCCUUACGUCGUCAGGCAGCAGCUCCCCCCGUCUAUCUCCUGGUCAUUACUGUGGCCCCAUUCUGCCUCGCCAUAUUCAUAGCAGCCUCCCGCUGGUUUGAUUUCCGACAUCACGGUUUUGAUAUUUUGUUUGGCUUUUGCAUUGGUGUUUUUACUGCUAUCUUCAGCUUUAGGUUUUAUCACCUGCCCAUUACUGUCGGAGCUGGUUGGGCGUGGGGUCCUCGCAGCCCAGAUAGGGCUUUCUGGGCUGGCGUUGGACGACUGGGCUAUGUGGGUGAAAAGGAUGUUGAGCGUGGGAUGACCGUUCCCGCCAAUUAUGGAGCGUCCACGGAUGUCGAGGCGCACGGCGCUUCUCUCUCAGUGCCCGCAGCUAUGAGCUACAGGUCUCCGGUUUCGAGGAAUGAUCCCUACCAGGAUGUUGAAUUACACAACUUGAAUGAGGGGACGAGCCAAGGGGCAUAG